GUUGAGUUGAGUGGAGUCGGAUUGCGUAGCAUGUUUUUCUCUGUAUCGGUGACUGACUGAUGCAAGACACAGUCCAACUGAACUGCGGGCGUUUGUAAUCCAAGGGAAUGAAAUAACACAGACAACAUUAAUUCAUUAACUUUUUAUUGGAACGUGUCUGGAACUAGAAAUCCAUUCAGACAGAUUCAGGCAGGAUUGCGCUAUUCAGAACCAUGGACUUGCACAUUCUGGAUCACAGACUGCGAGUGACCAGCAUUUGCAAAAAUGGGUUGGUGAAUUUCACUCACCCACUGAUCAAACUCAUAUUUCUGCGGAAAAGAACAAGAUGCAAGUUCUUCAGUCUGACAGAGACCCCAGAGAACUUCACUGUCGUCCUCGAUGAAGAGGGAUUUAAAGAGCUACAGCCCUCGGAGCACCUUCAGGUGGAGGGUUCCGUGUGGCUGCCACUCAACGUCAUCUCCAACGGCAACGCUUCCAGCAGCUCACAAGCGGUGGGCGUGACCAAGAUCGCCAAAUCCGUCAUCGCCCCGUUGGCCCAGCAGCACGUGUCAGUCUUCAUGCUGUCCACCUAUCAGACGGACUUCAUCCUGGUGCGGGAGAAGGACCUGGCUGUAGUUAUCCACACUCUGGAGGAAGAGUUCAACAUCUACAGAGAGGUGGGGGGAGAGUACUCAGCUGUACUCAGCCAAGAUGUCCACAAUGGCUUCCAGAAGAACGGCAAAGAAGCCCCCCAGCCUACAGUGCACCCGGUGCUGAUACCACCGAACCAGUUCUGUGUGAUGAGUCUAGACCCAGACACUCUGCCUGCCAUUGCCACCACACUUAUCGACGUGCUCUUCUACUCCAGCAGUCCUAAAGAGGGCGCUCUUCCCAGCCAGGAUCUGGACUGUAUCAAGUUCUUCUCCUUCUCCCUGAUCGAUGGCUACGUCUCUCUGGUCAUGGACACUGAGGCACAGAGACAGUUCCCUGCUGAUCUUCUCUUCACAAGUUCUUCCGGGGAGCUGUGGAGGAUGGUACGCAUUGGGGGACAGCCUCUGGGUUUCGAGGAGUGUGGCAUUGUUGCCCAGAUAUCCCAGCCUUUAGCCGACAGUGACAUCUCCGCCUAUUAUAUCAGCACCUUCAGCUUCGACCAUGCCCUGGUCCCUGAAGAGGACAUAGUGAGUGUGACUGAGAUGCUCCAGCAGCACAGGAAAGAGCCAGCCUGCUGAUGGCGGCCUGGUCCGUACUACGCCCCUCUCCGUGUCUUGGGCCUGGGGCAGUACAGGGCUGGAGGGAGAUGCUAACUCUGUGCCUAGACUAGCACUGCAGCGUGAGCAGUAUUAACCAUGAACUUUGUUGCCAUGACCACCAAAAGCGCUUCUAGUAGGGGGUGUCUGUGAAGAGAGCCUCUUGUCUUCCCAGACUCCUAAAGGACACGCACCGAUUGGAUGCUGCCUGGAUCCUGACCAAUGCACACAGCGGGAUACGUGAAUUGGUGAAUUUAAAGUCCAGUUGUGAUGAUGGUAAAACUGUACUUAAGGACUGCAGGUAUAAUGCAUUAUGAUGUUGUUAUAAUGAAUGCAUUCUAAGACUUGUUAUAAGCCUAUAUAACCCCCUUAUGUCUUAUCACCCCAUAACAAGAGCUGACUAAAUAACAGCAAUUUUGAGUCCGUUGAAAAUGUUCUACAUAGAGCGAUAUAACGUUAAAGAGAAAGGGGGAUACCUAUCAUAGCCUAAGCCUUGUCUUAACGCAUUGUUAUAAAGGCGCAUACACUCUUAUAACGCAUUAUACCUGUAGUCGUUUUAUAAAGUGUUACCGUGAGGACUUUCUUAUGUUACUUUCCUGAUUGCAGCAUGGCACGAACAUGUGACUAGGAUUGUAAAAAAAACACGGCUGAGUCUUCCAGUGAUGUUCAUAUCGUAAUAGAAUGUGUCAAAGACCCCCUUUGUGUCAAAGGUCAAAUUAAUUGUGUGAGUGAAUUAUGUGAAGCACAACUUAUGCUUGGUAUAAACAAAAAAUCUCCAUUGGUGCGUCAUAUUCGCCACAUCUUCACAAAUUCUACUUGUAGUAGGGCACGUACAUUUUCUAAUCGCACCCCCAAUAGCCUAAGACACUCUGAAAUCUCAGCACAGAGUGUUAUUUUGGCCAAUUAUGUUUUUUACGACGUUCAAAAAAGUUCUAACUUAGUGUAUUUGUGGAAAUGAUUCUGUUAAUUGUUAAACAAAUCUAUCAGAAUUGUAUUUUCUUGGAAAACAUGCAGGCAAUACCACAAAAUAUAUUACAAAAAUCCCAUGAUCAUCCAAGGUUAAGUGCGGCUUUAUCCGAUGCCGUGAUGCAGUUACAACAUCAAGUUACUCAGAAUUUUUUUAAGGGUCAACAUUUCUUUACUUUUGUAGCUUUGAUACGAUCAACACUAUGUCUUAUUUACAUUUUCUUUUUCAAUUUGCACAAUAAACAACUUUGUUUUUCAUUUCCUUGUAGAUUGAUAAUGAAGCUACUAAUAUCAUUAGAAAUAAUAUUUUUCUUUGGUACAAUGACAUUUUGUACAAUAAAAAAAAUAUGUUCUGUGAAAUAUUUGUAAAAUGUACUGCUUUAUUCAAUAAAGAC